CUGGUACCGAAAUAUUUCGUACCUAUGAUCAAAUCGAAAUAGUUCUUGAUUGCAUUGAUUACAAUAGAAUUUUGUCAAGUUACUCUGGACAGUAGUCAGUGAGCAAUAACUGAAGUCACUCUCAGGACAUGGAGGACUAUGAGUUUUUGAGAAUUUGUCAUUUGAGGUAUUUAUGUAGGCAUCUAUUGAUUGCUUUUGAAGGAAUUGUUGGUUACGAAGAGAGCUUCAAAGAAGACACUAUUUCUAUAAGAGCUUCCUCCAUGACCUUUGCUCGAGAAACUUGCAAAGGAACUUCGCCAUUGAUUGGUUCUUUUCAUCAUUCUCUCUAUGAUUUCAUGGAAGCGCACAUGUCCAUAUGCAUUAAUGAGAUGAUGAAGAGGGGAGAUAUAUUUCAUUGCAACAAGUUUCAGCUUGGUUGCAUAUCUUCAUGA